CUGACCAGGAUGGAGAAUCAAUAACUCAGUAAAUACUGCAGGUCACUGACCAGGAUGGAGAAUCAAUAACUCAGUAAAUACUGUAUCUCACUGACCAGGAUGGAGAAUCAAUAACUCAGUAAAUACUGCAGGUCACUGACCAGGAUGGAGAAUCAAUAACUGAGUAAAUACUGUAUCUCACUGACCAGGAUGGAGAAUCAAUAACUCAGUAAAUACUGCAGGUCACUGACCAGGAUGGAGAAUCAAUAACUCAUUAAAUACUGCAGGUCACUGACCAGGAUGGAGAAUCAAUAACUCAUUAAAUACUGCAGGUCACUGACCAGGAUGGAGAAUCAAUAACUCAGUAAAUACUGCAGGUCACUGACCAGGAUGGAGAAUCAAUAGCUCACGGCAGGUCUGGGAAGUAUGUCAAGUAUGUAACAGAAUAAAAUAUGGACGUAGCCAUGGCUAUGGGUUCCGGCUUGGCUGUUUGCGUUUCUCAAGGAAUAGGAUGCCAUUUUGAAUGCAGACCGUGUAUUGGGCCCACACCAGCACCACACCAACAAUGACUUCCUCUGUCAUGUGGUCCCAGAUCCAAAGUUAGAGGACCAUGGGAGGUGCGGUGGUGGACGAGGGACCUGGGGGGGUGAAGGCACCAGACGGGGGGUGGGGCUGGGCUGUGCUGUCCGGCUGUUUCGUCAUCACUGGGUUCUCCUACGCCUUCCCCAAGGCUGUCAGCGUGUUCUUCAAGGAGCUGAUCAGAGAGUUCGACGUGGGGUACAGCGACACAGCAUGGAUCUCAUCUAUACUGCUGGCUAUGCUGUACGGCACAGGUCCUCUGUGCAGUGUGUUGGUGAAUCGUUACGGGUGUCGUCCGGUGAUGAUGGUGGGGGGACUUUUUGCCUCUCUGGGGAUGAUUCUGUCUUCCUUCUCCACCAGCAUCCUCCACAUCUACCUCUCUACUGGAGUCAUUACAGGUCUGGGCCUGGCGUUGAACUUCCAGCCGUCUCUGAUCAUGCUGAAUCGCUACUUCAGUGAGAAGAGGCCCCUGGCUAACGGCCUGGCUGCUGCUGGGAGUCCUGUGGCCCUCUGCUGCUUAUCACCUCUGGGACAGCUGUUGCAGUACCAGUACGGUUGGAGAGGAGGCUUCCUCAUCCUCGGAGGGCUCCUGCUCAACUGCUGCGCCUGCGCGGCCCUCAUGAGGCCCCUAGUGGCCCCUCCUAAACCCCACCAGCGGGAAGACGUAGAGAAGGAGGGAAAAGAGUUGGAGGUAGAGAAGACCCAGUCCAAACCCAAACCUCUCCUGGACUUCAGUGUGUUUAAGGACAGGGGUUUCCUGAUCUACACCAUAGCUGCAUCUAUUAUGGUUCUGGGUCUGUUUGUGCCACCGGUGUUCGUGGUGAGCUAUGCCAAAGAGCUGGGCAACGAAGACACCAAGUCGGCCCUCCUCCUAUCCAUCCUCGGCUUCAUAGACAUCUUCGCCCGGCCCACCUGUGGCAUCAUCGCUGGGCUGAAGUGGGUCAGGCCCAGAGUUGUUUACCUGUUCAGCUUUGCCAUGAUCUUUAAUGGAUGCACUGACCUGGUGGGAUCUCAGGCGAAGGACUACCCGUUUCUGGUGGUGUUCUGUGUGUUCUUCGGGAUCUCCUACGGCAUGGUCGGGGCGCUACAGUUUGAGGUUCUCAUGGCGAUCGUUGGCACGGAGAAAUUCUCCAGCGCUAUAGGACUGGUGUUGCUCAUGGAAGCUAUUGCUGUGCUGGUGGGACCACCUGGAGCAGGUCGGCUGCUGGACGCCACUAAGAACUACAUGUACGUGUUCCUGCUGGCAGGAAUUGAGGUGGUCCUCGCCGCCGUGGUCCUGGCCACGUGUAACUUCCUGUUCAUCAGGAAGAAGCCCACGGAACCCGCUGCGGAACUGGAGAACGGAACGGUUUCCGCGGAAAUGGAGCUUCUCAACAAGCCUGUUGCUGCUGAGGAAGAGGAGGAGGAAGUAGAGAAGGGGGAGAAAGAGGUGAAGGAGAUGAAGGAGAAAGAGGAGAAGGAGAAAGAGGAGGUGAAGGAGAUGAAGGAGAAAGAGGAGGUGAAGGAGAUGAAGGAGAUGAAGGAGGAAGCGGUUGAGAAAGCAAAGGAGGACGAGGAAGACAGUGAGAAAAAGAAGGAGGAAGAGAAAAAGAAGGAGGAGAUCAGGCCUGAGAGCGUAAUGGUGGUCUCAGAAGAAGUGGAGAGCUUCCUUAAAGAACCAGAAGAACAAAAUGGUGCCUUGCUCUCCAGUUUUGAGACACGUCUGUAGGAGGAAGAGAACCUGGCACAGGACAAACUACAGACUUUAAACUUAAACACUGCCAAGGGCACUUUAAAGGGCACUAAGAAUUGUACUCCGCAGUGUACUUUGAAGGGCACUAAAAAGUGUACUUAGAAGUGGGCCAAGAA